GUGCAGAAAGCAGAAGUAGAAGGAACAGACCUUGUACUUCGUAUUUGCUGUCAAAAAUUGUCAGUGUACAAUAGUAUUAUUAUUGAAAAUAAGAGAAAAUAUAAUAAGACGGAACAAAAAUAAAUGUAUGUUAUUCACGUAUGCACACAUAAUCUAGGAUAAAAAGAUAUAUACACUUAUCAAUUGAUACGCUUUAUCUGUCAUCAAAAUGAAUGUUGUUACUGCUUUGAAAUUUUAUAUAACAAAAAUGACAGAGGACAGCGGUCCUGGUAUGAAAAUUCUGCUAAUGGAUAAACAAACGACAAGUAUAGUCAGCUUACUUUAUAGUCAGUCAGAGAUAUUGAUGAAAGAAGUAUAUUUAUUCGAACGAAUAGAUACUGCUGUACAUAAUGAUACUUUAAAACACUUAACAUGUAUAGUAUUUGUAAGACCAACUAAGGAAAAUAUAGACUUGCUUUGUAAAGAGCUCAAAUAUCCUAAAUACGGAGUCUAUUAUAUUUAUUUCAGUAACAUUAUUGCAAAAGCAGAUAUAAAACUUUUGGCAGAAAGCGAUGAACGAGAAGUAGUUAGAGAAGUACAUGAAUAUUAUGCAGAUUAUCUAGCGAUUAAUCCACAUUUAUUUUCACUUGGAAUAAAUGCUUGCUCCGAAGGGCUUACAUGGGAUCCAGCACAUUUACAUAGAACUGUCCAAGGAAUAACUUCAGUUUUAUUAUCGCUAAAAAAAUGUCCAUAUAUUAGAUAUCAAAAUAGUUCUAAUAUGGCAAAGAGAUUAGCAGAAAAAAUAAGGGAAGUGCUCAGUAAAGAGUCCAGUUCUUUUGAAUUCAGACAGGAAUCUAAUCCCAUCCUUCUAAUAGUCGAUAGAAGAGAUGAUCCUGUUACACCUUUAUUGAACCAAUGGACAUAUCAAGCAAUGGUGCACGAGCUGUUGACAAUCAAUAACAAUCGAGUUAAUUUGUCUCAUGUGAAAGGUAUUUCAAAAGAACUGAAAGAAGUUGUUCUUAGUGCAGAACAUGAUGAUUUUUAUGCAAAUAACUUGUAUCUGAACUUUGGUGAAAUUGGGCAAACGAUAAAAGAAUUAAUGGAGGAGUUUCAAAAGAAAGCAAAAAAGCAUCAAAAAGUGGAAAGUAUUGCUGACAUGAAACACUUUGUAGAAACAUAUCCACUUUUUAAGAAACUUUCUGGCACUGUAUCAAAACAUGUCACUGUAGUCGGAGAACUUUCGUCUCUUGUCGAAAAGCAUAAUUUGUUAGAAGUAUCAGAAUUGGAACAGGAACUGAGUUGCCAAACUGAUCAUUCCUCACAGCUGCAAAAGAUAAAAGCACUUAUCAAUAAUCAAAAAGUACGAGAUAUCGAUACCGUUCGACUUGUCAUGCUGUAUGCGCUUCAUUAUGAAAAACAUGCGAGCAAUGAUAUAAAUGGUUUAGUGGAAUUACUUAAAAAGAGAAAUGUUUCAGAUAAAUAUAUUAAGCUUGUAUAUAAUAUAUUAGAGUACAGUGGUGUUAAUGCAAGACAGAGUAAUUUAUUUGAUCGAGAAGCAGUUGCCAAAAUAACUAAAAAAUUAUUCAAAGGAUUAAGUGGGGUAGAUAAUAUAUACACGCAGCAUUGUCCUUUAAUAAGUGAAACAUUAGAGGACUUAAUAAAAGCAAGAUUAAGUACACAAGCUUUUCCAUAUCUUGGUAAUAUGAUAAUGUCGCGAAGGCCUCAAGAUAUUAUAGUAUUCAUGAUUGGAGGUGCUACUUAUGAAGAAAGUUUGGCUGUUUAUAAUUUAAAUAGGCAAAAUCCGGGAAUAAAGAUUAUUCUAGGAGGUACUGCCAUCCACAAUUUUAAAAGCUUUGCAGAAGAAGUACACCAUGCUACUAGCGGUAUAUUAAUGCGGUAUAAAAUCGGAAAAAAUUAAUGAUGUUGAGAAAUAUCAUCAUAUAUCUCAAAAUAUUUAUUCGUUAUAUAUUUUGGUAUCUAUACAUCAUAUAAUAUCCUUUUCUCUCUUUAUCAAGAAUCUAGUAUUUCACACCAAGAAUUUCCAAAUCACUGUAACAUAUUACAUGAAACAAGGUCCUCUCUUUCUUUUAUAAUUACACAUUUUCUAUUUCUAUCAUAAAAACAAUUUCCAUUUUGCUAAUUAUUAUUCAUCAUCCUCAUCAUCCAACAUGUAUUCUGUCGGCAUAUCUGAGAUUUCAUCAUCCUUUAUUGGUACCUUUAACAAACAUGCAUUAUUUUAAUUAUUUAAUGAUAAAGAUAUAUGAUAUACUUGUUAAAUUUGUUAUCUAAUCUAUGCAUUUUUUAUAUAAGUUUAAAGGAGAAAUGUCAUUUUUGUAUUGCAAUUUAUCUUAAUUAUCUUGAUAAUGUAUAUUAUCUCUUUCUACAUUAUCUUCAUAAUAUAUAUAAGCCUUAAAUAAAAAUACUGUUAAAAUAAAUUUCAUU